AAUCAGUUCGAUUUGAAUCAAUGUAUAUUUGAUUUGGUAAGCAGUGUAGGGAUUUGACACUACUUUCAACAUCUGUUUAGUAUAAUUCUACAACGUGAAAGUCAAUCAUGUAAAACCGCAACAUAUAUCAAAUAUGGAAUGACAAAAGUAUACAGAAUUAACUUUAAGAUUAGUAGCUGAAUGAUGUCAUAAACAUGGCAAGUUCCUUGACAAUAUUGCGAGCAGUGUUCGUCCGUCUGUUAUUUGCAUGUCAUGGUCUUGUUUCAAUAUGGCGCCUUUAUUACGUCACCAAAGAUAGUCGAUACUGGUACCUGGCUACUUCAUUAGGGUUGCUCUUAGUAGAAACAACGAUCACAAUGGUAAAGAAACUUGGAAAAGAAUGGAAAUGGUUUUGCCCAAGUGUGUUUAUAUAUAUGACGAGCACUGUACCAGCCAUAUGGUUCCUUGAGUUACACGAGCUGGACUUGCGAAUUAAUCAUCAAAUAAGCACUAAUAACACUACAGCCUUUAACGAGACGUUGGAAGCCCUCAGUGCAAACUUAGGUAGCAUCCUAGGGAUUCAACUGGAAAUAAGGCUUCCAAUUCUGCUGUCUGCGGAUCAGUGGAUUCGUACUCUCGAACAAAUACUAUUGUUGAUACUAAUAGUGGGAAGAUGGUUACUUCCGAAAGGAAAAUUAACACAUGACCAGUUAUCUCAAUUGCUAUUGGUUUAUAUUGGUACUGCAGCAGAUAUCGUUGAAUUCUUUGAGGCUUUCAAAGAAGAGCAGGUCCGUUACAACAAACUUCUUUGUAUUAUUAUUCUUGGGCUAUGGUCAUUGAGCCUCAUUCAAUUCACUCUCGUUCUGACAGCUGCGAGAGCGAGACGAGAUCAAUCUGGUCUAGUAACAAGACAUUACGACAAGUUUCAAAAGACGGGUUGUUGUGCCGCUGAUGUGUAUGGGAUAUUUAUAUCAAUCAUUUUACAAGAUGCUCCUUUUCUUGUGCUGCGACUUUUGCUAAUAUUUAAGUACAAAGUUCUUAGCUACACAAAUAUGUUCUUCACUUCAAAGAAUUCAUUGGUGAUAGUUCUGUUACUGUAUCGUCUGAUAGUUGUUUACGUUGAACGGAAUAAUACGGAAGUUAGUGAUUCGACUGCUGAUUCGGAAGCACCUCGUCCGUUUAUGUCCAAGUAUACAGCACCUGGUGUUCCGAGAGGUUACAAAAGAAAGUUUAAUAAUACUAAUUCAUACUCAACAAACGAUAUGGAUAGUUUAAUGAAAAAGACACCUUCAAAUAAUAAAAUGUAUAACUGUGAAAGUUUACCGAGAAAGAAAACUCCAAAUAAUAAACAAAGCAUGAAUGAAAGUUUAAUGAAAACGAGGUUGCCACCAGAUAAUGGAGUUUAUAAAACUGAAAGUUUAAUGAAUACAAAGCUUCCAGAUAAAGUAGUUUAUAACAGUGAAAGUUUAAUGAAAAAGAAACCACCAAGCAAUGUUUUAUUCAACAGUGAACCAAAACUGUAUAAACUACGAGAAGAAAAUAUGUCAUGUGGACCAAACUAUCAUUUUGAACAAGUUUCGUCUAAAGUUUGACGAUACAACUUUUUUAGCUAUCAUAAUGUAUAUUUGUAGUCCUUCGUUGGUAUUAUACACACUUUUCAACAGUUUAAACAUAAAUAACCAUUCGUCAUUAAUACUGUCUACUAUAUAAUUAAUUUUUCUUCACACGAACAAGUUAUAUCAUAAUGUAAAAAUUUCUAAGUCGAUUUAAAAUUUAUUAGUUUAAUU